AUGACCGACUAUUCCAAAUGGAAAGUGACCGACCUGAAGGCUGAGCUGAAACGGCGCGGUAUUGCGCAGACCGGCCUGCGAGUUAAACAACAGUUUAUCGAUAAACUUCUCGAGGCUGAAGCUGGCGACCAAGCUGGAGAAUCGACAGAGGGAGCUUCCGCUGGACCGGAAACCACCAAUGCGCAGGGUACAGCUGAGCAGCAACCCGCUGAAGCUGAACAACCCGCGGAACAGCCGACCCCCGACGUGCCGCAAGACGUGAAGCCCGAAGAACAGAAGACGGAAGAACCGAAGCUGGAACAAGCACAGGAACCAUUGGCUCAAAAUGGCGAUGUCGAAAAGCGCGAUGAACCUAAACCUGCGGAGCCGACGGCGGAGAAAACACCAAGGGAUGAGGCCGAGGUAGACCAGCCAAUGACCGACACGGUUGAACAAGAGCAACAAGAGGAGAAACCACAAGAAGAGGAACAGACGGAUGCAGGAAAGGAAACCGAGAAACCUCCAGAAGAUGCGCCGACCCUUCAGGCCCAGCCCGAUGAGGCUCCCGCUCAACCGGUUGAGCAGGCUCCCGGUGACGCAGUGGCCCAGGAAGCUCCAUCUGAACAGCGCGAACCCACAGGAACGGAACCUGCAGCUCCUACCGAUAAGGAUGCACCAUCAGCCAAAGCCCCGGAAGCGGACAACGAAUUGCCCCCUGCCCUCCCUACCGAAGAAGUGGCCGAGGACAGGCUUAAACGGAAGCGACGCAGCCAAAGCCCGAUUGCAACGCCCGAAGCGCUUGCCAGUAAGAAGGCUAAAGCGCAGGAUGAGACACCGCGUGUGGUGUUGCCAGAGGACCGGGAAGGUCUCGCUACAGAACAACAAUUAGGCAAAGAGCAGGUGCAGCAAGAGGAAGCCAGAGAGGAGCAUGGCGCACCUGCACCUACUCCCGAGGAGCCGCGUCCUAGGAAGGAAGCACCACCUAAGCAAGAUGCCCGGUUUAAGGGUCUCUUUGCUGGCGCAGAGCGGGAACAGGUCCGCCCUGCUUCGCCUCCGGCGGACACGGAAAUGAGAGACGCAGAGGUUGAGCCUGCUCUUCAUGUUGCUACCGCAGCUCUCUAUAUUGGCGGACUGAUGCGUCCGCUCCAGCCAGGAAUGCUGCGAAAUCAUCUAGUCAAUUUGGCGUCUGCUCCAGGAUCUUCGCCUAGUGAAGACGUAAUUGUCGACUUCCAUCUGGAUCAUAUCAAGACACAUUGCUUCGUCAGCUUUGCAAACGUCUCAGCAGCAUCACGAGUUCGCUCUGCACUACAUGGUAAUAUCUGGCCAAACGAACGGAACCGCAAGAAUCUCUUUGUUGAUUUCAUUCCGGAGCAAAAGCUUCAACAAUGGAUUGACAUGGAGGAAGAAUCACGAGGACGUGGUGGUCCUCAGCCCCGUUGGGAGGUUAGGUACGAUCGCACUGAAGAUGGCGUCGAAGCCGUCCUGGAAGAAAUCGAUCCCAAGAGCGCUGCCGGAAACCCACCUCCACGAAGCCGCCAGGAAUCCAUGACUGACGGCCUCCGCGUGCCUCCAUCGGGUCCGCGUGCUGAAAGAGAGCGAUUCCCAUCGGGUCCUUCACGAGCACCGCCACCGGCAGAACCUCGGCCAUCACGACCUGGGCAGGGCUUCAAACCACUCGACGAAUUGUUUAAGUCCACAACUGUCAAACCCAAACUCUACUACCUCCCGGUAUCACGAGAAACGGCAGAUCGACGACUGGACCGGUUCGAUGAUCUAUUGCGAAAGGGAGACUAUCCCCGUCGUGGAGGUGAUGAGACCAGACGCAUCUCAUUCGAGGAUGGAGAUCUGUUCGUGGACAAUGGGCCGGAAUUCGCAGGAGGAGGUCGGAACAACCGACGUCGACGGGGCCGCGGGCACGGUGGUGGCUUUAGGGAUUCGUGGAGAGGAUAA